CGAAUCUAUUUCCUCGUGCCGUGUCGUUGAUCGUUGAUCGUUGAUCGAUUGUCGUCGUACUGUCGGGCUUUACGAAACCAAAUUCGAGAGGUUGAUUGAUUGAUCAAUUGAUCGGAGGCCACGAGCGGAAACGAAGCUACUUGAAUUGAAAUACCGACAAGAUGCUGGCCCAAAGAAUCGCGCAGCAGUCCCUUCGGCGGAUGGCCGUUCAGCGCCCUCUUGCCACCUCCAUGGCCAAGUUUGCCAGCCCUGCCGCCAUCGCAACCAACCAGUUCAUUCAGACUAGACCGGUUGCCACGCAAAACAUGAAGCCCAACGAAGCCUACAACAUUCUCGUUGAGCAGCGCAAGCACCGCCCCGUCUCUCCCCACUUGGGCAUCUACCAGCCCCAGAUCACCUGGUACGGCUCUGCUCUCAACCGUAUCACCGGCGCCAUCUGCAGCGGUGGCCUCUACGUCUUCGGCGCUGCCUACCUUGUUGCUCCCCUCAUUGGCUGGCACCUCGAGUCUGCCAGCCUUGCUGCCGCUUUCGGCUCUCUUCCCCUCAUCGCCAAGGUCCUGAUCAAGAGCAGCCUCGCUUUCCCUUUUACUUACCACUGCGUCAACGGCAUCCGACACUUGGUCUGGGACUUUGGCAAGUGGUUCACCAACAAGCAGAUCCAGGUCAGCGGCUGGGCUGCCUUUGCUGUUUCCGGUCUUAGCACAGCCUACCUCGCGCUCGCCUGGUAAGGCAGCCGUUCGAAGGGGGUGUAUAUAUUGGUGGAUGGUGUGUGAUUGAUUGAAGAAGUGCUGGACGAGGCGUAGAUAUAUAUAGUAUCUUUUUUCUUCUCUCGGAUUAACGAUCCUCUUUUUCUUAUUACCAAAGUUCCAAGGAACUAUUGCGGGCUGUACGUUAUUUAGCUAGCAAU